AUGUCCUUUUUCGAAAACCUCGCAAACACUUUUGUAAAAGAAGUGGUAGAACCGACGGUAUCGUUCAUCGACUGCCAGAUCCAGCGGCCAAGGGACGUCAGUGACCAACAACAAACUCUAGACAAUCUCCAAGCAACCCAUGGUUCGCGUUUCCCUGGCGACGACUAUCGUUCGCCGGACCGUAAGAACUGGAUGGCCAAUAUCUCCCCGGAGAAACUGCGUCUUAACAAGAUCGUGUGGCCAGGCACGCACGACUCAGCCACCGACGGAAUCGGGGACCCUGUCUUCGUUCGUCCUUUGGGUGAAUGCCAAACGCUCUCCAUCUUCGACCAGCUCUCCCUCGGGACACGUGUCCUUGAUAUCCGUGUGAAUGAGAAUCGCAAAAUCUGCCACGGGAUUCUGACGUCAUACGACGUUGAUGUCGUCCUAAAUGACGUCAUCAGAUUCUUGUCGGAAACCCGAUCUGAGAUCAUAGUCCUAGAGGUAAGGACCGAGUACGGACACAAAGACCCUCCAGAGUUCGAGUCUUACUUGGGUAACAAGUUAGGUCAAUUCUUGGUACAUCAAGACGAUAACUUGUUCGACAAGCUGGUAUCUGAGAUCUUGCCGAGGAGGGUUAUCUGCAUCUGGAAGCCAAGAGAGUCCCUGAGGCCGGGUCGUGGCGGACCCCUCUGGAACUCAGAUUAUCUAAGAGAUAAUUGGACCAACACGGAUCUUCCAUGGACGAAGUUCCAAGGCAAUAUGAACCAUUUGAAAGCGAAACCACCGAUAUCUUCUAGAAGUUUCUUUUACCGGGUCGAGAAUACACUCACGCCACAAACAGAUAAUGUGGUUGUGUGGGUCAGACCCGUGACUGAUCGGAUCCGAGGGUACGCAAGGCUUUUCAUUUCUAGGUGUAUAUCAGAGGGAUGUAUCGAUAAGUUUCAGAUUUUUUCCACGGAUUUCAUCGACGAGGAUUUUGUGGAUGCCUGCGUCGCGCUUACACGCGCCAGAAUCGAAGGGAGAGUUUGA